AGCAACUAAACGGUGUCGUAUUAAUUGACGGGUACUGGGCGGGUAUAAAUUCUCUCUUUGGACGGGGCGGGUAAAAUUUGUUUCCCACGCUUCAGUUGCUCUCGCUCGCCGUCGGCCGUGAUUCUCCAUUCCUCGCCGCCUCUUGUUCAUCGGCCAUUUCGUGCGAUUUUCCUGUUGGAAAAGGAGCCGUAAAUGUCGUUUCUGGUGAUUGUUGUUUCACUAAUUGUAGUAUGGAUAGCUUCAUUGUGCAAGAUUCUCCAUAGUGGAAGUUCAUACUCGAAGAACACUUUUCUGAGCGAAGUAUCAGACGGUGCACCAAACAGGCGAAAUGUUCUGCUUGUUAUUGCCCACCCUGAUGAUGAGUCCAUGUUCUUCUCUCCGACAAUAAACUAUCUGAUUUCGAGGGGACACAAUGUAUACUUGAUGUGCUUGUCGAUAGGCAAUGCAGAUGGGAUGGGAAACACUAGGAAGGAUGAGCUUUACCAAGCUUGCUUAGUUCUGAAGGUACAACCUCAGCAAGUGAAGAUAUUGGACCAUCCAGAUUUGCAGGAUGGAUUUGGACUGGUCUGGGACCGUGGCUUGUUGUCAAAAACCAUCAAAGAGGAGGUGUCUACUCACCAUAUUGACACAGUCAUUACCUUUGACAAUUAUGGGGUAUCAGGCCACUGUAAUCACUGCGACGUGCAUUAUGGCAUACGCAAACUGUUGGAAGAUGCCUCAGAAAGACGUAUAGAGGCCUGGGAACUUGUCAGUAGCAGCAUAUUGCGCAAGUAUAUCGGACCAGUUGAUAUAUGGCUGUCCAUGUUGCUCGCUACGAAAUCUGACAGCAGGGUGGCGCACUGUUUGUUGAAUGAGCAACCAUUGAAGAGCUUCAGCGCAAUGGCGGCACAUUCAAGCCAAUGGGUCUGGUUUCGCAAGCUUUUCGUGUCGUUCUCUAGCUACACCUAUGUCAACACCCUUCGAAGGAUCGACUAGCCAAGUCAUGAUCGCAGAGAGCCGAAAGGACUAUUGGGCUGGGCUGGGAUUUAUCUGUAGUUUUGGGCCGGGAGGACUUUUUGGAGGCUUUACGUCAACGUGGCCAGAGGAUUGUGAUUGUCGUCUGUCGAGUUGAGCUCUGGGCCCAUACAGUGUGGGGCCCCUGUUUCUUGUCGUUAGUGGAUAAAAGGUCCACGAGGAUAAGAUUAAGAAAAUAGAUUAGCUAAUCCGAAUUGGUUACGUUUUAUUGGUUCGGAUUUAAGUAAAGGAUUAAUCAAUCUGGUGCGUUGGAACUUGGAACCUGGACAAACCCGAUGUUUGACCGUUAACUUGG